GUCUCAGGGCAAGUAAACAUUUCCGCUGUGUCGCGAUGGACUCAAACAAGGACGAAGCGGAGCGGUGCAUUAAAAUAGCCCUUAUUGCAGUAAACAACAAUCAGCCGGACAAAGCUAGGAAGUUUCUGGAGAAGGCACAGCGUCUGUUUCCAACGGAUCAGGCUAAAAACUUAUUGGAGUCAUUAGAGCAGAAUGGAAAACCUCCAGAUGAAAAUGGAGGUCAUGUGAAUGGAGAAGGACCCUCUAUGAGACACCGCGGCCACGCAGAGGAGGCUGAUGUGUCCGCAAAGGGGGCCACAGAGUCAGGCAAACCCUACACAGCAGAUCAGCUGGAGGCUGUCAGAAAGAUUAAAAGCUGUAAAGAUUAUUACCAAAUUCUGGGAGUUGAAAAGACCGCUUCUGAGGAGGAUCUUAAAAAGGCUUACAGAAAAUUGGCACUGAAAUUUCACCCAGAUAAAAAUCACGCACCUGGAGCCACAGAGGCGUUCAAAGCUAUUGGUAAUGCGUAUGCAGUGCUGAGUAACACAGAGAAACGAAGGCAGUAUGACCAGUACGGGGAAGAGAGAUCACACCCAACCAGACACAGACACCAUCGUGAUUUUGAGGCAGACAUCUCACCUGAGGACCUCUUCAACAUGUUUUUUGGUGGAGGAUUCCCAUCAAGUAACGUACACGUUUACAGAAAUGGAAGAAUGCAUUUUGCACAACACAACAGACAAGAAAGAAGAGAACAACAGAGAGAUGGAGGUUUGGCUUUGUUUGUACAGCUGAUGCCAAUCUUAAUCCUCAUCAUCGUGUCCGCUCUCAGCCAGAUGAUGGUCACCCAGCCUCCGUACAGCCUUAGCUACCGCCCGUCAGCUGGACACAUUCACAAAAGGCAUACAUCACACCUGAAGGUGCCUUUUUAUGUGGGAGAUCGUUUCAAUGAAGAGUUUUCAGGGACUAACCUGAAGACAGCUGAGAGAAGCGUAGAAGAAGACUACAUCUCUAAUCUCAGAAACAACUGUUGGAAGGAAAAGCAGCAGAAGGAAGGCUUACUGUACCGUGCUCGUUACUUUGGGGAUUCUGAGUUGUACCAAAGAGCACAGAGAAUGGGGACGCCCAGCUGUUCCAGACUAUCUGAGAUUCAAGUUAUAUUGGACGGCUAGAAACCCUGUGCAUACAUGCGGGUUUGUCGGUACUUGAAUCUAAUUUGAUGAAAUCGAUUGGAGCCUACUGAAAUUGGAGCAUACUUUUCUGCAGCGAACCAAGAGAAUCAAAAAUGCCUUACGUGCAGUGGGCAGUGAACUCAUCAGGGAACCUCUCUGCAACUCUGUGUAGAUUGACUUCCUGUAGAACUGUGAGAAGCUUUGAGUUGACUGCUGACGUUUUCUUACUCUAGUGUCUUCAGGAUGGUGAAAGUCCGUCUGGCGUCGCGUUGGAAAGUUGGAGCAUAGCUGUGUAUUUGAUGGUUAAUGAAGCUGCUAAGAUAAGCUUUCUCUGUCCCCGUCUUUUUUUGUUUUUUUCUUUUUAACAUUUUGAGAAACCUCAUGGCCUUCUCAUAGACAGACGUCUGAGCCACUCACAAGGAAAGUGUGUAAUUUUUAUAGUUCUUUCCACUGUAAAUAUUCAUUUUACUUUUAACAGUGCAGGGUUUUAUUCAAGUUAAUAUCAUUUACUGUAAUGUUAUGUGGAUUUGCUUGUAGCCUGUUGGAUCAUAAGUAUUGAAAUCAUUGCACAAAAUAAAAGUAAAGCAUAUUUAUUAAAUUAACAUGCUAAUACUGUAUGAAAGUUUCUUUAAAUUAAAUCUGUCCCAGUGAUUGA